CAGCAACACUCGGCCAGCCUGGCAUGUCAACAUAAAUACCAUAUAUUAAAAAAUCAGUUGUUAUCUCUGUUUGUGAAUGUACUCCUAAGCUGCAAGCGUAAGCUGCAAGCCUAGGUCAAACCCAACUUUUCAGAUUUUAUAGCUACCCUUACAUUAAACAUCACCUAAGCCUGUAAUGGAAAUCUUAUAGGAUAGCUAUAAUGAUGGCAAUUUCACUUGGGUCGUAAGUACUUGUCCUCAUUGCUGUUAAGGCAACCGCAAUGGCUUCGGACACCGACUUUUCGGGCGUUGAAGCCCUGGCAACGCGUGUGCGGCAGCUGCUUUGGGUGGUGUUGGACUCUGUGCCCGCGGAGCUGGUCGAAUGGUCCUUAAUGCUGGUGCGGCUGCUCCAUGCAGCCGAUACUUUUCCUCGAGGUGGUUUGUACGAGGGCCACUACGCAGCCCAAGCGGCCCUGCGCUACGAGGUCUUCUGGCUGCCGCUGGCAGCCCGGGCAGCAGCAGUGGGCCGCAAGUCCCUGCUGGUGCCGCCCAUGGAUGUGGCCCUUGCCUGGCUGCUGCACCGCUGCAUGGCCCCCUUGUCGUACUACGAGGACUGCGAGGCGCUGGUUGACAUGCCCCUGGAAGCGCCGCCAGCUCAGGCCUUCCGCUUCGCCGGCUCCCACGCCUACUCCCAGGGGGAAACGCCCGAGCAGCGCCAGGCGUGGGCCAGCAGAGAGGCCUGGGACGCGGCGUUCCUGUACAACAACGCUGGCGGCGGCAGCGUUGCCGCGCUUGCAGCCAUAGCCGGCGGCGGCAGCGUCAGCAACACCCCUCGCACGGCCCGGCGCGCUGGCAGCCGCAAUAGCAGUAGCGCUGGCGGCAGCAGCAGCGGCGGCGGCAGCAAGAGCCCGAAUAGCGGCAGCGGCGGUGGCGCUGGGUCAGUCUCUGCCAACGCUACCGGCAGCAGUAACGCCGGCGGCGGCGCUGCGGCCUUCGACCCGGUGCACGGCCAGUACUGGCCUCCUGCGCCGCCAGGGUCGCGUUGGGACCUGACGGGACGCUGGCCGCUGCCGUACCCCGGGCCGGCACCGACCGCGGACGCCGCCGGCGUGAGCGGCCUGCGCAGCAGCACCGACAGCGGCGGCGGCGCCGCCGCUAUGACUAGCACUGGUGCUGCCUCGGGUGGUGGUGCUGGGGCUGCUGUUGGGGCUGUUCGCGGGCGUCUGGCUGCCUGGCUGGCUCCCCGCAUGUCGGAGCUGUGUCCGCUGCUGCACUCACUGCUGCGACCCGCCUACCUGGACCCGGACGUGCUGGCGCAGGCGGUGCAGAGGUAUUGUCGCUUCCUCAUGCUGCAGAGCAUGUACCCCAAUGUUCCCCUGGUGCCGACCACGGACAUUGCCCUCAUGUGGGUGGCGCACAUGGCAGUGCCCGCCUCCUACCGCGCCACCUGCCGCCGCCUGCUGGGCGGGGGGCGGCUGCUGGCGCCCGCGGCCGGGGCACUGAGGCUGGGAGACGGAGGAGCGGCCUUUGCGGAGACACGUCGCCUGUACGAACACCACUUUGGUGAGGUGUACGACCCGCCCAUCACCCGCCCCGUGCCGCUAGCCACCAUGCACCCCCUGCUGUCAACUCCGCUGGCGCCCUUCCUCGCCGCCUUCGACACCGGGGCGCCCCUUGCUGCGAGCACCCACAUGCACCAACAUGAGCACGAGCCGGACGCUGGGCUCAUGGAGGCAGGCGGCGAGGCCGGUGCUGCAGGUUCUGCGGUACCUGCGGGUUACCGCUGCGGCGCACAUGCGCUGUUCCUGGCGUUUCUGAUGCGGCGGGGCUCGAGGAAGGGCGCCAAGGGGCUGCUGGGACUGGUGCUGGGACAGACGCACCGCAGGAAGGCGGCCAUCAGGUACGCUGCCUCCAAGGCCGCCCGAUUCCGCGACUUCCUGCACCUGCCGCACUCGGACUACCACCCCUACUGCCAGAAGCUCCGCCUCCGUCGGGCCGACCCCCUAGCCGUCUCCGCCGCCCUCUCCACCACCGCCACUACCACCACCUCCGCAGCCGCUGCCGGCCAGUCGUCCGUUGGUGACAGUCAGAUGGAGGAAGUAUCCCAAGUCGUAUCCAGGCAGCUCAAUGAGCUGUACGACAGUGAAGGCAGCGAGGAGGGUGUUGAGGAUGGCGGCGAGCAGCGCCGCAGCAGGCGCCGUCGCCGGGACCGGGAGGAGUACGAGGAGGAGCAGAGUCGGCAGCAUGGGGCGGUACGGCAGGUGCUUGCGGAGGCCUCCGCCGCCGCGGCUGCGGCAGCAGCAGCUGCGGUUGCUGCGUCAGAGGCGUCGGUAACUGGUGGUCACAUGACGCUGUCUAUCACCGGCAGUGGAGGUGGCGGCCGGGAGGUGAACACUCCAACGCAGCCUGAGAGCCGUCGCGUGUCGUGGAUGGAUCCCGCUGACGGUGGCGUCAGCGGCGGAAGCGCCGGUGUUGCUGGCGCCGGCGGCAGUACACCCACUGGCUCCACAGCGGCAGUGCCCGGCAGCCGUCGCGUUUCCUGGAUGGAUUCUGCUGACGGAGGUGGUGGGGCUGGUAGCGCCGGUGGCGGCGUUACGCCCACGCGGCCUAGCGCAUCAUCUAGCGCAGCAUCGCCCGCGCUUGAAAGCACGGAGGUGGUAGCGGCGGCGUCUCCCCAGCCGACAAGCUCCAUUGGUGAUCGGGGCAACAGCGGCGGCGGCGGCGGCACGGCCGCUGCAGCCGCUCCUGCGGUCAAUUGGUUUCCCCCGCAACGCAUCAUGCUCAUCAUUCCGCUGUCGUCGCCUCAACGGUUGCGGACACCGCGGAAGGAGCGUGCGGCUCGGAGCCCCAGGUCAGCUGGCAUGGAUGAAAGCGCCAGCGUGGUGAGCGGCGGCGGCGGAACCAGCGGCGCAGGCAGCAGACAAAGUACACCGCCGAGGACACACAGCCGACAUCUGUCGUACGACUCUUCUGACAUGCCGCACAUCGACGAAACACCUAAUUCCAAAAAGGCGGAGGAGUCCGCCGCAGCUGAGGUGGCGGCGCCCUCGCCGCAAUCCUCAAGGCUGUUCCAGAGGGUGUCGUCGGAGGUGCAGCCGGCGCGGCGGCCUUCCCAAACUGCGACGAAGCAACUACCGCCGCCGCUUAAGGAAGAAGACGCCUCCGCCACCGUUACCGUCGUACCUUCACCACCCAGCUUGAGCUUCCCCUCGGCUGCUGUCAUGGCAGCAGCGAGUGAGCCGCUUUUCUCCGGGUCCACUUGGGCUGCACCGAGGAAGGAGCGCCCGCCGACGCAAGAGCCGGCGCCGCCGCCGGCAGCAGCGUCCGCAGCGCCUGCAGCAACGAUGGCAGGAACGGCGGCGGCAGCGGAGGGCCAAGCACGACCGCCGGAACCCCCCAUCGGUGGCGUCGUACCGUACCCCGAGGCGAUACCGCUGUCACCAACGGCGGCGUGGCUCAUGGGUGUUCCCACACUGCCAGAAACAGCGGCAGGGGAGGGCGGAGAGAAAGGCGGCAGCGGAUCCGCCGCCGCCGCCGCCGCCGCCGCUGCGGAAGGGUCCGCAGCGAAAGCUUACACCGCAGUUUCCAGCGAUAUCGAGCUUGGCGGCACCUGGGCCGUACGAGUUAGCGCGUUGGGUGGCGCGGGCAGCGCCAGCGGCGGCGGCGGCGUUAGCCGUGGUCCGAGCAGCACCCACAGCAAGUCGCAGGACAACAUUAGCACGCCUGGUUCUGCGCCGACUAGCGAGUAUCUGAGCGCCGGGGAAUCCACGGCGCCUAGCACGUACGUGUCAUUUCCCGUCAGCCGUACAAGCCUGGGCGAGCCCAGUGCGUACCUGUCGUUCCCUGUGAGCCGUACCAGCCUGGCUGACGCAGCCGACGUGUCGGCCACGGAUGCCGACAACGACGCUAGUGGCUCGCAGAACAUGUUCUUCACUUCCCCCAACCUGGCGGCGGCGGAUCCCUUCCAGAUGUCGUACAGCUCUCGUCGUACGGCUUCCGUUACGUCGAUUGCCUUGCCUCCGGCGCCCGACCUCGGCGUUGUGGCACCCGUUGGCGUCGUCACAACCGCCGCCACGACUAGCGGUGGCGGCGCCGGAGGCAGCACGAGCGGCGCCGGCGCCGGCGGAAGCGGCCGUCCGUCAGCGCCGUCGCCCUCUCGUCUCGCUCGCGUAUCCAAUGCCAGUGACGCAAUACCCGAAGUACCGCCCGCUUCUGUGGCAACGGUUGACGUCGCUCCCAUCCCCGUGGCGCCUGCCGUACGACCAGUCCCGGGCAUCUUCGCACGGAGAGGCUCCAGCGGCGGCGACGCCGGCGGCAACGGCAGAGGCAGUGGCGGAGGUGCCACGUCCAGCAUCAGCCCCGCCCGCCUCCGAACGGCUGCUCCUUCCAUUAGCCCGCCGCGCCCACCGGGUCAUCCACUGCGUGCCAGCCAGCAGCAGCCCGGCGCCACACCUGCCUCAGCACGCAGCCCUCGGAAUGCGGCCGACAUGCCGCAGAAACCUGGUAGCGGGGAGGGUGGCAGUAGCAGAGGUAGCGGCGGCGGCGCCAGCAGCCAAAGCCACGGCGGGCGCCGAACCAAUGGCAGCUACAGCCGAGCCGACGCGGCGUAUAUGGGUGCUAUGGAGGACUUGGUGGGGCAGGUUGGGGGCGACCAUAAGGCGGUUUUCAAGAGCCUGCGUCAGAGGUUCGCUCACACAGCUGACGGCAGCUGUGCUGGUGCCGGGGGCAACGGAGGCAACGCUCCUGGUGGUCAUGGUGGAAGUAAAUAUCGUGGCGCCGGCCGCAGCACUGAUAGUGGCGGCAUGGGCGCCAGCGGCGUUGCUACAACAGGUACCGAGCAGGGAAUUCACGCUAGAGAGGUUGCAGGCGCAGCAAGCACAGGUGCAGAGACCGCCUCCGCCGAUGGCAGCGGCAGGGGCGCGUCAGGAGCAUCUCCAGAUGCGUUGAAGCCGAGGGACGUCAGCAGUGGUAGCAUCAGCAGCGUGCGUGUGAGCGGUGAAAUUAGGCCAGCCUCUUGGGGUCCCAGUCCGCAGAGGAGCAGCACCUCCUUCCGAACUGCGCAGGUGACCACUGUGUCCUGGUCGGGGCCCAGGAAGCGGCCAGAUUCGGCGGGAAGCGUGAGCGGCGGUGAGGGCAGCGGAAAUGAUGGUAGCGGGAGUUGAUGUUGCAGCAGGGGAGGCCGUCAACUAGAUGGCAGAUCAGGAAGGUUGCUAGGAAUGGAGAGAGAGGGGAGUCUGUCUCGAGAUAAGAGAAGGAGCACACGCGCGUCACAAGGACGCCAAAAGCCUAUCUUAGGCGGAGAGGUCGUUGGGAGGGUCAAGUGUUGUUGCAGGGUGCAUGGGCUGCAGGUUGGUGCAGGUGGAUGCCGUUUUUGCAGGUGGAGGAGAAGGUGUAGUUGCUCAUGUUGACCUUGAUGGCUGCUGAAUGGGAUAUAUAUUUGCUCUAGGGGGUGGUUGUGGAUACGCACGCACUUCGUGUGUCAAGCAUCAUAGUCGUGCGAUGGGUAUAAGUGUGACAUGGCCAGGUCCACCGCAGAGAACCUAGUAAUCUUACGUUGAGCAUAACUGGAUAUGUUGUUAACCAUUGACGUCCCUAUCGGCUUGGGUGUGAUGCAGGGUAUAGCGGGUGAAUGCGUACAGUACUAGGAUGCACGGCAACUCGGCAAGAGUGCAUCAAGUGAAGUUGGUCACAAACGCAUUGCGUAAAUUAUGCAGGUUAUUCCCAAUUCCCGAACUUUGUAAGCACAUAUUGUAAAAAUGCAGGCGGGCUUGCAGCGAGCGAUUCCCUCCGCUGCGGUGCUGUCCGCCUUGCUACCAGGCCUCUGCGUUACACAGACUCGCUCAAAAGUGUUUACGUCAAAUGUUAUGGAUGAGACGCGUGCCAAACGUAUUACGGACCACUUUGAGUACUGGAAGGCACGCAAGCAGUAUCGGCUCACUCUUCACAACCUCAUUAGCAGCUGGAGAGCGGAACGAAGGGCAAAUGCGCCCGAUGAGGAUGCUGCAGCUCAACGGCGACGGAAGGCCGAUGAGCUCCGGGAGGAGGCGGAGCGGAUGCAGGCGCUGUUGAGGGAAAAGCACAUGGCGACGCUCGCGGAGCAGCUUAAAAAAGCAGAGCUUGACCAUAAGCUUGCGCAAGUACAGCUGAGCCGUGCGGUUCGUCGGCAGGACCUUCUGCAGCGCCGCGAGGCGGCCCGCGCUGAGAGGUACCAGCGCUUGCUGGAGGCCAGCCGGAAUUGGAUACGACAUGAGGAGCUGGAGGAGCGCAUCAACCAGGCGCUGGAUAACCCGCAGCCCUUUGGCUUCAUUGCAAACCUGCCCGUUAGCAAGGGCUUCUAGAGCAGUGCGGUCCGUGGUUACUGUACGGACAGUGCCCCCGUGAAGCCUCGUUUGCCGCUACGUAGGCUCGGAUGAGGCGCGCUGGGGUUGUCGUCUGUGGGUUGGAGUGUUAAGGUUCGGGUGCUUCUGGUAGUUCCGGCAGGGGUUUCAGUGGCUGGGUUUGGAGGCUGAGCAUACUUGCAUGUUCCUGCACUUCAGCUGGCAGAACCUGCUUCCGGUCACGUGGGCUGUUUCUGGGGGCCAGUUACAGGGGGUACAGUGGCAGGGUACAGGAAGGGAUUGGAAGGUGCAGACCGAGCUUUAGGGCUCAAUAGGCGUGCGCGCUUUGCCGUCAUUGCCCGUGAGGUUGCGGCUAAGUUGAGGUGGGAAAUGCGAACGCAAGCGAAGCUCUGUAUUGGUCGCAUGGAGGUUGAGGGGGAUGUUUGGCUCGCCGAACUCUUGCCUAGUGGCUGCUCUACAAUUACGAUAUCGGCUUAUCUGAAUGUAGUGCUGCGACUUUUGCUACUGCAGCUGCUGUGAGGUUGAUGGUCCUAAUCCCUCCUGAAGGUGCAACAGGUGGAGGUUGAGGAGGACGGUGCAAGGGGCGGCCAGUUGCCGUACCUCUCAUGCACCACGUUUUAUGGAAGACACCUGGUUGUUGGACAUAGCGGCCUCUGUUUCGAGGCCUGGAGGCAUUUCCGAUGCCGGUGUGACUUCAGGCCCUCGCGUAUUACACCAAGCAGUAUACGUGUGUGAAGGGUUCGACUCUCUUACGUGCACGGAUGGUGUCCAUCGCGGGUGCAUGCCGAGUAAGGCUCUAAGGCACAGCGCUCCUUCUUGCACUAGCCCCCUCAGGGGUGUAACGUACUAUGGGUGGUUGAUGGGGCCCUUGUGCAUACGGUAUAGUACAACAGUUUGCAUCCCAUCC